AUAUUAAUACUAACUAUCGAAACUGGGAAAUCUUAUAUUUGGGCACUUCAGCUAACAAAACCACAAAUCCAAAAUUAUUCGCAACAUGGACGAGUCAGAAUUGCUUUUUAACCUCUUCUACUUCCUGCUUUGUAUGGUCAUUAUAUACCCACCAGAGGAGUUUCAGCGCAUGGGCUUCACAAUUGAGCAGUUGUUUUCUCGGUUUCUGGGCGAGGAGUACCUAGACUUUGUGGGCUACCACCUACGCCGUACCUCGCUGAACCUUUUCGUACACUCUUGCCUGCCGUUCUCCUACUUUUUCAUCCACAGGCUCAAGUUCUCCGUUUUUGCCACCCAGGAGCCCCUGGAGGACUCUGAUCUUGACCCGGAUUUUCCAAUGCCCCAGGAGGCGGUGGCGUUUAAAACGCUUACGUGGAAGACUGCCCAGCGGUUCAGUGUGCUGGCAGUUCUGGCGGUGCCUGCCCUCAUCUUCAAUUGGCAUCAACAUAACUGGCGCCGGCACCCGAUCAGCAAGGCCCUCUUGAAGUACUCCAAUUCGCUAGAAAACUAUAGUUCCGUGGCUGGCGACAUUGGUACCGAGUUUCGGCGACCAGAAGUUUACAAAAAAAAGCUUAACUCUAUAAGCACAGUGAUUGCAACUCAGAACUGGAUAAUCAAAACUACCCUGUACAAUGUUCAUUUCGCUCAUCAAAGCAACACAUCGCUCAGCGUUGCUAAAGCGGAAACAUACAAUAUAUCGCAUCAUGACCAGAACGACACCCUUCAAAUGAUUAGCAUUAUGGUUAAACCAAUGAGACAUGGUGUAACAGACUUUCACAUACGAAUUAACGCCUUAGAGUUUAAGAACCUGGAGGACCGUGUCAGGCGGCCUAUUGUAAUUCCAUCCAAUAUCCAGUUCCACCGUAAUGUAAUCGACCGGUUUGUGGACGUGUUCAAGGCACAAGUGGCUAAAAAUCCUAUAUUUCAUGCGAACUCCAUUACGGAUAAAUGUUUCGCCUGCAUGCUAAACGAGCCAAAUACCAAGAUUAACAAGCAGUGUGCUGACUUGGAUCGCAAUGGUGCUCCCCUUGCAGAAGGGUCCUGCUGCUCGAAUUGCUACUGCCGCCCCAUGUGGUGCGUAGAGUGUCUAGCGCGGUGGUUCGCCGCUCGCCAAACCGACGUCGAUCGCGAGGUGUGGCUCGAGCAGAAGUGCACUUGUCCCAUGUGCCGGGCCAAGUUUUGUGUGCUUGAUGUUAGCUACAUCAGGCCCCCAGCCAAUAUAAGAUCAAACACGCCAUAUCGCAAUUCCGAAGAUGGGGCUAAUGAUGCUACGUGAUUUUCGACUGUUAAAGAUACAACUAAAUGACUCUUUAAUCGAACUUGGUUCUUUAUUGGUCUGAUUUAAACUGAUUUAAAUGAUAUAACUAUAAGCUUAAGGGCAUAUUUUUAGGUACAGUUAUCACUUUUUAAUACAUUAACAAUAUAAGCAAACUGGAAUGCAGUAUAUAAUAAUUUUAAUUAGUCUAAUUGAUCUAAGCAUAAAGAAAGUGACGAUGUAUUAAAUCUGCCUUACUAAACACUUAAUCACGGUUAAUAAAGCCACACAAAGUGUA